UUUCAGAAGAAGGAACAGCUUCGUAAUUUCAUUUGCUCAAAUUGCUCUGCCGUCUGUCAUCAUGGACGCAUUCUUUGCCGGCUUCUUUUGGCUGAUAUUCUCGCCAGCGUUCCAGAUGUACUUGCAGAUUCCUGAGAACGGCACCCAGCCACUGUUCUCGGCUGCAAACUGUACCAAACAUGCUUUGUUCGAGUACAAGGGAAUCUCCACGGAGUGUGCAUCGCAAGGUGGUGUGGAGGGCUUCAAGCAUUACUUCGAGAGCGCCCUGCACCCGAACCGCUUCCUGAGCAGCCGCUGCGGGAACAUGACUCUGCGACGCGCAAAGCACGUCAACAACGUCUUCACACUGCAAGCAUCGUCCGUUCCGGGAAUGGAAAACUCAUUUCAUUUUGUACAGCAGAGGACGCAGCGUAUCCUCGUCGUCUCUUCGGACGGCCUGGGAAAGUUCGUUGACGGUCGCAUUGUCCACGCAUCUCCUUUGCUGCAGAAGAGAGCAUCACUGAAUCUGAUUGCGGUGAGACCAUCGCGUGGCUCACAACCAGUUGACGAUGUAUGCAGGUUGUACGAAGAUGACAAGGAGGAUGGCCUGCAUCAGUUUGUAUGAGAACUGAAAGAGAAAUAUUAUUGUUUUGUUCUGUGCAUUGUCCUCGAAUAUUGUCGUGAAUAUCAUUAUUAUUGCAUAGACAAAUACACUAGAGAACAACUAUCAUACUAAAGGGAAGAUAUGUGCAAUAUUUAUUUCAACAAUCAUCAUGGACCUAAUGUCCUUUUCUGAUACUAUAUUUAUAUUACAUCUACAUGGACAAUGAAGACCUUUAUUCCGAUGAUAUCUAUUAGAAAAUCUUACGCCUCAAAUUGGUAGAAGGAUGAGGUAUAUUUCACUGAUUUAUAUUUUAUCGUUUACAUUCCAACAUUUUAUCUUCAAUUCAUACUAAGAAUAAUACAAGUGAAAACGACUAAAUU